AUGUCUUGGCUCGCGGGGUACGGCAACCUCGAUGACCAGGAAAACGAUAACCUAGGCAUUGACUGGGUCCUGCAAUAUGAAUUUAGUGAUAUCGACCAAGCACAGGCUGUCUCCGAAUUCCGCGCCUUAGUCAAUGAUCUCACCGAAGCUGGUCUUCGUGUGCAAGUUCGUCACGGUCACGGUUCUUCACUACUAGUUUGUAUUCGAGUCCCGAGGGAUCAAUUGGGGAAAAUGAUCCAUCAAUCACGAAUGAAAGAUUGGCUGUACUGUCUCAUACAUACACUCCCCGAAGGCGAUGACACCACCAAUGCGCACGCGGAGACCGCCGCAGAGGAACUCCGCUCCGUAUACCACGCGGUGACUUGGGGGAAGAAUCUGGGCGGUGCCGGUAUCACCCCCAACCACGGCAAAUGGAAGAAUAUCACGGCCUCAUUCCCAUUACAUGAUCAGGAUGCCUGUUCGCAAUUAUUAGCUCAAUGGAAUCGAAAAACUGUAUUGAAUACAGAGGAUCUGGAUGCGAUCCGCGCAAUCUUUGGUGAAAAGGUCGCUUUCUACUUCGCUUUCAUUCAAUGCUAUUCGCUGUUUUUAAUCGUGCCUGCAGUCCUAGGAAUCAUCGCAUGGCUAUACCUAGGCGCAUAUUCCAUCAUCAACGGUGCUGCACUUUGCAUCUGGUGCGUGGUCUUUGUCGAGUACUGGAAGAUCCGGGAACAUGACCUCGCUCUCCGAUGGGGAGUAAAAGGGGCCGGAAGCUUGAAAGUGAAUCGACCCCAAUACCACUGGGAGAAAGAAGUCAAGGAUCCUGUCACCGGGCAGAUGAUGAAAGUAUUUCCCGGGUGGAAACAGUUCCUACGUCAACUACUCCUAAUCCCAUUCGCAUUAGUUGCCGCGGUCGCACUGGGCGGCUUGAUCGUGGCAACAUUCGCAUCCGAAGUCUUCAUUUCAGAGGUAUACAACGGACCACUGAAAGGAUAUCUGGAAUUCGUCCCUACAAUUCUUUUUUCCCUCUCUUUACCCGCCAUUACAUCAUUUCUCACUAGCAUCGCAACCCGAUUAACCAAAUACGAAAAUUACCGCACACAAGACCUCUUCGAUCUCGCUCAAACACAAAAAACCUUCGUUAUGAACUUCAUCACCUCUUUCCUACCUACAAUCCUCACAGCAUACAUCUACGUCCCCUUCGGCAAAUCAAUCGUUCCCCAUCUAGAUCUUCUCCGACGAGCGGGUCUUCUCAGCGCCGAACUAGCAUCCCACCAAGAUUUCGAAGUGGAUACCUCUCGAUUCCAACAGGAAGUCAUCUACCUCUCCAUGACAGCACAGGUCGUCGGUUUCGGAGAGGAGAUCGUCCUCCCCUACGUUAAGCAUGUCCUAUGGCAGAAAUGGCGUGACUACCGUGACCGCCAGUUCGGAUUAACUCGGAAACGCAGUUUCUCCACCGCAACUGAUCUUUUAUUGAUCGAUGUACCCGAGGAAGCCAAAUUUCUCAAGCGAGUACGCAGCGAAACGGACGCAGAGGAAUACAAAGUCGAAGACGACAUUCUGGAAAUGUGUGUCCAGUUCGGCUACUUGGCACUUUUCGGCGUUGCAUGGCCCCUUGUACCACUAGGCUUCCUACUAAACAACUGGCUCGAGCUACGAGGUGACUUCUUCAAAUUAACACUCGAAUGUCAACGUCCACCACCAAUUCGAGCAGACUCCAUUGGUCCCUCCCUACUUGGUCUCGACUUCCUCGCAUGGAUGGGCACAUUAUCAACAGCAGCUAUCGUCCAUUUAUACCGCGGUCCAAUGUCGGAGGUAAAACUCUGGUCUCUACUCUUGACUGUCUUCUUAGCAGAACAAGCGUACCUAGCUCUCCGCUUUGUAGCCGCCACUGCUCUCCAGAAGAUUUUCUCCGAUGCACUACGCACAGAAGAAGCUCAGCGCUACUCAGUCCGAAAGAGCUUCAUGGAGGCUACCCUCGCUGCUCAAAGUGGAUCUCCUGGUUCCCCUGGUUCACGGGUCCGGCAACGAGUUCGCUUCCACGAACGAGUGAAUGUAUAUGGGACAUCGGAGAAUGAACAAUCAUCCGAGAAUAGUGAUGGGAGUGCGCCACCGAGUACUGAAAAGCCACAGGAUGAGGUCCUUCGGGGAUCUGAUUGCGAGGCAGAGUUCUGGAAUGGACUGUCGUGUGACGCAGCAGAUGCAGGCGUUAAAAUGAUCCGCGCACUCAGUGCAAAUAAAGCAGGGGAUGAACUAAAGUGGACAAAAGAGGCAUAG